UCCUCCUCCCCCUCCCCCACCUUAGCUCACCUAGACGCAGGUUAGGCAGGUGAAGCACCUCCCCGGAAACAGAGCUGGAAUGCCCCACCUGCCCGCCCUGACUGCUCGGGAUCGGAUCCAACAACUCCAGGCUUCUUGAGCCAGCGGUGACAGCUGAGGCCAUGUGAGUCAGAUCCUGAAUGAGGCUUUAUCUGCGAGUCUUCCUCCAGUCCCAUCAUCCACCGUGACACCGGCUCCAUCGGCCAGCCGGAAUGGGACAGGCAACUGAGACAGCGAGAGCCAGAGAGGUGAUGGUGACCAGACCCUGGACCCUGCGAGGAAUGAGACUCUGGGCCUCUAGCUGCCACGCAGGUGGUGGGGGCUCCAGGCCAUGACCUGCACCUCUGCCCCCUGACGCUGCCCUCUGCCCUCACUCGUGCCAGAUCAGCCAUGUCUGAAGGAGAGGCUCAGGCCCCGCGGGGCCGGGGGCUGCCCCCUGAUGUGCUGGCGGAGCAGGUGGAGCUGUGGUGGUCCCAGCAGCCGCGGCGCUCAGGGCUCUGCUUCGCCGUGGCCGUGGGCCUCGUGGCGGGCUGUGGGGCGGGUGGCGUGGCCCUGCUGUCCUCCACCAGCAGCCGCUCGGGGGAGUGGCGCCUGGCAGUGGGCACGGUGCUCUGCCUGCUGGCCCUGCUGGUCCUGGUUAAGCAGCUGAUGAGCUCGGCCGUGCAGGACAUGAACUGCAUCCGCCAGCCUCACCACGUGGCCCUGUUGCGCAGCGGAGGAGGUGCGGAUGCCCUGGUGGUGCUGCUCAGCGGCCUGGUGCUGCUGGUCACCGGCCUGACGCUGGCCGGGCUGGCUGCCGCCCCUGCCCCGGCCCGGCCGCUGGCUGCCAUGCUGUCCGUGGGCAUCACCCUGGCUGCCUCUGGGGCACUCUUGCUGCUGGGCCUGCUGCUGUAUCAGGUGGCUGUGAGUGGACACUGCCCCCCAACCCGCACGGCCGCCCCCGCCACCCGCAGUGACCGCAGCGACAACGGCAGCGUCUUCAGCAUCUCAGGACAGCUGUCGGCCGGUCAGCGUCACGAGACCACGUCCAGCAUCGCCAGCCUCAUCUGACUGAGCCCUGGCCCUCCUUCCCCCGACCUGCCCUCAGCCUCCAGAGAACUGUGCCCGAGCGUGAGUGAGUGUGUGUGCAUAACCUGUGACGAGGAGCCGGCAUGCACCCACACGUCACAUCCCAAGGAGAGGGCUGCUUCUCCUUGGAGCUCAUGGAGCUGUCACGGUCUGCCUGUUGGUGUCCCAAGCCUCUCAGCAGAGUAGGGUCUGGGAUCCCUGAAGAUUCUUGACCCCUGUUCCUAACACCUCUGAGAGCCAGCUCCGCCUGUAACACCCAUCACCUGUUUGCCUAGGAGAGGACGCUGCCCACCCCCGGAGACUGCAAAGUGAGCCCUCUUCAUCGAGGAGACUGUGGCGGCAAAGUGGACAGAACACGGGUUCUGGCAUGACAGGCCGGGGUGGCAGUGACCCCUCUACCACUCACCAGCCGAGGGCCUUGGGCAAGUGGCUUAACCUCUCUGAGCCCCAGUCUCUGAAGAGAAACAGUCAUGGUCAUCGAUUGCUAGGAUCAAACGACAUGCUGUGUGGAAGGGCUGGGCCCACGGCAGGUGUGCAAUAAAAGUGGUGGCCACUAUUACUAA